AUGUCCCUUCGCGAGUUAAUUGGCUAUACAGGCAUGCGAACGGCGCAAUUUACAUGUGCAUGGCCCAUCACAUCAACAUGUGAUACUAUCCUUGGUCAAUUGAUCCUUUCGCUCAAGUACUCUGUGGACAAUGCAGGUGGUGCUGAGCUUACUCAAUUUCUUGUAACGUCUGCUGAAGAACGCGAGUUGGUAGGUGAAUACCCGCUUCACGCAACGUUGACAAGCAGCUACGACUUUUUUAAGUUAUUUCUGGCAAAUGGCACGUCGGACCGUUUAAGCGAAUACUACAAAGAGCGUGGCGAUACAGAAAUUGAAUUUGGCGACUGGAUUCCUUCGAAGGAGUUUGGAGGCCAAGUGCGCACAAUGAGUUGCCGCUCACCUACGAAUGCGUCCAUUGGUCCAUCUCACACCAUGACAACCACAACUGACUACGUUCCUUUUGACGAAAAUGGUCUUGACGCGAACGAGAAGCUCGUCAUGCAGUCAAAGGUAAUUAUGCACGAUAUUCCAUACGGCGACUGUUUCUCGGUUGAAAAGGUCACCGUUGUGGAGCAAAGUUCCUCCAACAAUGAAAGUCCAGGACAGCUUGUGGCCAAGAUUUACCUGGGUGUUCCAUUUUCAAAAGGUUGUAUGUUUAAGUCAAAGAUUAUUUCGGCGACACGCGAAGCGGUGAAUAGUUCAUCGCGGUUGUACUUUCACAUGGUAAAUCGUUCGAUGGAUAACUUAAGCACCUCUCUAGCUGCUGCACCAGCAAAGCCUUUCUUAGUGUCCGGCGAUGAAGAAAGGCAGCUUGUGGGCGAGUAUGAAUUGCAUCCGGCUAUAAAAAAUGCUUUGCAUUUCUUCGAUCUAUUUUACGCUGACAAUACGUUGGCCCGAUGGCAGAACAUUCACAAAGAAGCAGGAGACACGGAACACGUAGUCGGCAAGUGGGAGGACUCGAAAGAGUACGGUGGUCAGGUGCGCGUGAUAAAAUACCGCGCUAAAAGCACGAUACCGCUUGGGCCAUCUUCGACGAUGGCUGAACAGAUUGUGCAUGUUCCUUUCUCAUUUCAGGACCGUGACAGCUUGGAGACGGAUCGACUUGCAAUUGAACAUAAGCUGACACUACUUGAAAUUCCAUAUGGGGACUGCUUCCACGUCGAAACGGUGUAUGCAAUUGAGCCAAGCACGGAUGCUAUUGGGUCUCCACUAGUUGCUAAGGUAUAUAUUGGAAUCCCUUUUUCGAAAAGCACAAUGUUUAAGUCUAAGAUCGUGUCUGCUACAAAAGAGGGUGUCAUUAAGAGCACAAACAUGGUGUUUGAAGGAUUAAAGAAGGCGUUGGAUGCGGAGGAACCAAGUGCAACAUUCGAAGAACUCUACCCUGUUUCGAAUGCUGAGCAUAUGAACGGUGCACCUAGCCGGCCGCGGCGAAGUUCUUCCACAGGGGUCAUUUCUCGCCGACGCCCUACUGUCUCGCGCUAUAAUAGUACCCUGGAUGGAAGCGUUGGGCUUGAGGAGAUUUUUGAAAAUCAGCGUGUAAGCAUGUUUGGAAAGUGGGCGCCCAACCAUUUGCUGCCUACAGAUCGUCCUCGCUUCUCAAAUCGAGACGGUGACAAGGCAAUGAGCUUUGAGCAGGUUUCGUUACCUCCUAACUGGAGCUGGACGACCCCAUGGCGUAUCGACAAGAGCUACACGGAUUGCGACGAUGAAGGCUGGAGUUAUGCGACAGACUUUCCGCGUUUCAAGUUUCACUUGGCUCGUGGCAAGUCAAGUAUGAAGCGUUUGGGGGCGUCAGUUCGCCGCCGUCGCUGGAUUCGAAUGAUGGCAUAUGUGCCACCCGAGACUACUUCUGAUAUACUAAGUCCAUCUUCUACGGGUGACGACACACCACAACGCAAGCGUAGCCGCGAUAGCCAAGGCAGCAGCAGUGGCUCUAUGGGAUCUUAG